AUGAUCGUCCGGUACAAGAACGCCAAGACGAGCACCCGGGCAGUUCAGCAGGAGACACCCGAGCAGACAGGCGCCCGGUUCAAGAGCAACAACAAGAGCAGCUUCGGCGUCUCGAUGGAUCAGCACACCAUCAGCCACAGUCUGGAAAAGCCAGGAGAGAACCUGGAGGAUCUUCGAGCCGCAUGAAACAAACACGAGAAUCUUUUUUUGGGUUGUAGUGUAUUAUAUACCUAGCUCAGGCUCUCUCUCUCUCUCUCUCUAUCCGAUGUUUCAUCUUAUUGCUCAUCUGUUAAUCCAUCCCUCUAUAGGGGCAUCCCUAACAGGUAGGACCUGCACUAAGCGCAACCCUGAGACAGCGUCGAUCAGCUGGAUGAUCUGGUUUUACGACAGGAUGGGCUUCUUCCGCGUUCUUCCAGACAAAAGGUCGAGCUUUUUUGCUAUAAAUUGGACGAACUCCCU